CAUUGGCUAUUUUUGACGUUACUCGGAAUACGAUCGAGAGAAACUAACUUUUUUAAGUUAUAAUGGCGAAAAGAGGUCCAUACAAAUCUUAUCUAGAGCUGGAUGAAGCCGAGGAUGUCCCAAGGACAACAAAGUAUUACCGAAAGCUCCAUAUACAAGCAGUCAAUGUAAGUCAGGACUCUUCAACUACAAGCCAAAGACCAAAGAGCUUUGACAGCGAUGAAGAAAAAUUAGAAAAUUUUAACAAUGCAUCUGAUGAAUGCAGUUUAGAAAGCAUCAAUGAUAACGAACAACCCUUGGAGCUUGGUACGUCUAUAAAAACAAGCUUUGAAACUCAUGAAGACCAAGGAGAUGUAUUCUCACCUUAUGAAUGGGAUAUUGAAGAGCGACAAAACAAGGAAGAAUUCUUUGCUGAUGAUAAUGAAGUGAAUUUAUUCGAUGAAAUAUUUAUUGGAGAGUCAGAGCAAACUUCAAACGAAAGUCUAGGAUUAGUAGCCGUUGAAAGAAACGAUCGUUGUGAGUCCUUAUUAUACGACGGAGCUCCUAUAACACUUGGAAGUAGCAUGCUCUUAACUAUAACCUUUGCUUUAUCUCACAAUCUAACUGGUGAGGCACUUGCUGACCUACUUUCCUUGAUAGCCUGUCACUGCAAAACUCCCAAUCUCUGCCCACUCAGUAUAAGGAUGUUUAACAAACAUUUUGAGAAUCUUAAGACCCCCCUUGUGUGUCAUUACUACUGCAAGUUCUGUUUUGCAUUGAGAGUUGAUGUAAACACCUUCCAAUGCAGAGAAUGUUUAUCAAUCAUGGACAAAGAGCAAGCAUCGAAAAGUUUCUUCAUUGAAAGUCCAGUAGCAGAGCAGUUAAAAACGUUGUUUUCAAGAAAUGGUUUUUAUGACUUGAUGUCAUACCGUGAAAAGAGGAUAAAAAAACAAGACAACAACAUUGAAGACAUAUUAGAUGGUACAGAAUAUGAGAAACUAAAAGCAAAAGGAGGCUUUCUUUCAUUCAAGAACCACUUCUCCUUUAUGUUUAACACAGAUGGUGUUGCAAUAUUUCGUUCCUCAGCCUUUUCGAUCUGGCCACUCUAUCUUCAAUUGAAUGAGCUGCCUCCACAUCUAAGGUCCAAUUCAAAGAAUGUAAUUUUUGCUGGAAUGUGGUUUGGAGAAAAUAAGCCAUACAUGAACACUUUCCUACAACCGUUUAAAGAGUCAUUGGAAACGUUACAGUCUCAAGGUUUGCAAGUAACUGCAAAGUCCAAUGACGUUGAAAGAAUAGUAGACAUGAAGUUUAUGCUUUUAAGUUCUACUUUUGACCUUCCUGCCAAGUGUAUGGUGCAGGAGUUUAGCCAGUUCAAUGCUUUUUAUGGGUGUUCUGUUUGUAAGAAACCUGGAUGCACUUGUCCAACAUCAGAAAAAGGGCACACCCAUGCUUAUCCUAUGACUGUUCAAGAGUAUGACCUUCCAAGUGGACACCCACCUUUAAGAACCAUAGAGUCAACCACCAGAUAUGCAAGAAAGGCUGUGAGGCAGAACAAACCGGUGAAAGGUGUGAAAGGCUUUUCUAUCCUGCAUGACUUAAAGGGUUUCAACAUUAUCAGGGGUGUUGCCGUAGACUAUAUGCAUUGUGUGUUGCUUGGAGUUGUGAAAAUGUUGUUGCACCUUUGGUUUGACACUAGCCAAAAGGGUAAACCUUAUUUUUGUGGCAAAAAUAUAGACCAGGCAGAAGAAAGGUUGUUAUCCAUCAAACCAACAUCUAAUAUUACACGGACACCAAGAAGCAUUGGAGAACAUCGCAAAUAUUGGAAAGCUUCAGAACUACGAGCAUGGCUCAUCUAUUAUUCAGGGCCUGUUAUGAUAAACAUCUUGCCAAAGAAAUAUCUUAAACACUAUAUGUGUCUUGUCAGAGGAGUCUAUCUCCUUCUUCAAGGUUCUAUUUCAAAAGAUGAUCUGGCAGAGUCCUGUAAUUUACUUUCUACAUUUGUCUUCUACAUGGACAUUCUUUAUGGUUAGUCUUGAAGAUCAACAGAUUUUUUCUG